AUGAGCUCUCUUCGUAAAUUAAUUCCCUUUGGUAACCGCGUAUUGGUCAAACGUUUUGAAGCUGUUGCAAAAACAGCAGGUGGAAUUUACUUACCGGAUGCGGAUGCCAAGCAACAGAAUGAAGGUCAAGUGAUUGCUGUAGGUCCUGGUGCUCGUGCUUCUGAUGGUUCACUCAUUCCAGCUCAAAGUGCUGUGGGUGAUAAGGUUUUAUUACCUGAAUACGGUGGUAGUGUCGUUAAACUUGGUCAAGAUGAAUUGUUUUUGUUUCGCGAUGAGGACAUUCUUGGAAAACUCGAGUAG